AUGCCAAGCGCUCGGGAAGCGGCUGCAGAAAAGCGGCAUUCAAGCACUGCGGACGUGUUCGUCGAUUUACAGCCCACCAAGCUGGAGUGGACCCCUGUGCCAGAAGGGGGGCAGAAGCCAGAGUCGGCUUCGCAGCGAUCACGGCCGACCACACCACGUUAUUUGCGCGAGUGUCGCAUUGAGGGUGCAGAGGCCCAAACCGAGACGGCACCACGGACACCGCGGGUGGCUGCAGCAAGACAGGAGGUACGAGCCCGGACAGUACCCGAUGCAGAACUACACGAGGAGCGCACUGGUUUCGAGCUGCAGGAACUAGCGGCGAGAAUACGGCGGGCGCACGUGCAUGUGAGUGCAGAAGACCCGUGGUGGUGCCGAGUUUUGGAUGUCAGGUAUAGCACCGUCACGGAGCGGAUUUUGGAGACGACGAGGCGAAGCUUGGCGCUCAAGCUUCAUCCCGACAAGGUCUCGAAAAACAUUGCUGGCCGGGAUCUUAUCAUACAAGCUUACCAUGCCGUUGACGAAGCUUACAAUCUUGGCAAGCUUCACUUGCAGGAGUUCGGGGAGUUCAAGCGCCUGGACACCUUCAACUGGUGCUGCAGGAAGUUCGGGAUCUGCGAGACCCCCGACGGUUCCGCCUGGCCCUGCAGCAUUUCCGGGAUCUGCGAGACCCGCGACUGCACAGCCUGCGUCUUGGACUGGUCCGGAAUCUGCGUCAUACCAGCACGUGAGCCAAAGUAUACAACGGAGAUCACUCUUCCCGGAGAUGGUGGUAGCUGGCUCAUGAUCAUGGUCUGCGUCGACUGCCGCAAGACAGUGAUCACGCCACCUGGAAUGGGAAUUUCCCAGUCAUGUGGGCCAAUAG